AUUUCUAUAAUUAUUUAAAUUAUUAGUAAAGGAAUUCAGUAUUUUUGAUAACUAAUAAAAAUGGUUAAGAUAUGGAUAGCAUUGGUGUCAGCCUUAGUCCUGGUGUCAGCCAAACCUAACGAUGAUUUGGAAACAAUCGCUAAUAAUAUGAUUUCAAAAAUUCCGGCACAUUUUGGUGGAAAGGCUGACCACAACUCCAUUAGUGAUAAUCUACUGAAGAGACCGUCCAAUGGAGUGAAUGACAAGAAUUGG